AUGGCAGGCAACAAGACCGGCAGCAGCAACAGCAACGAUAAACCUCUGUGGCGACCGCUGGCCCAUAAGCUCUCCAGCCUGAACCCGCUGCGCCGCCUCAAUAAAGCCAAAUCCAAGCCCGACGUCAGGUCCGGCCACGAUCACGCUGCGCAGCCCAACAACGCGUCCGAUUUUCGACUUGAUGUUCAGUUAAACGGCCUCGAGAGCCUUCGUCUCCCGAGUAGUUGGCUCCUCCAGCCCAAGGACAAGGACGCCGACAAGCAGCAGAAUGUCGACGCGCCGUCAGCGAGACUUAGUCAUCACUUUUCGCGGAAGCCACUUAAUCGCAAUGAAGCCUCUCGACCCUUGACUUUCAUCGACAGCAGCGAUGCAGACCAGCACCAAGCUCGGGCAUCGGCGCUGGAAGCCCUCAACAGUCCGGAUGCGUCGACAGCGCCCAGUAUUUUGGACCGUGGUCGGCCAGUCGAGGCCAGACAUUUAAUUCACCAGCCGGUCAAGAACCUCAAGAACCAUCGCAAGUCAUUACCUCUAGACCUGGAGACUAUGUUCCAGGCUCCUAACGAAGAUAACGAUACAAAUGCACUACGCACCGCCACUAUUCGCCUGGUGCCGAAUGAAAGUCUUAUCACCACUCCAUCUACUCCAUCCGUGAAAGAAUCACCAAGAUGGACUGCAGAGCGUGAGGCACGGUUAGCUAUGCCCCCACCACCAAGACCACUCAGCACCAGCCCAAUCGACUCGCCAUCUACCUCUACACCAUCCAAGGCCAUUCAAAUCCCACGAAACCCUCAAUUGGCAUUAAAGAGACCCACCAGCCUCGGACCCUCCCCCAAAACCGCCGAGUCACCCUCCUCAGAAUCCCAAACCCCCCUCGCCAGAGUCAACUCAAAGCGACCAGGCGCACUGAGCGACCGCCUCGCCUGGAUGCGCAAGCUUGAAGAGAAAGACACCACGAAACCAAACAACGACCUGACCGUGCUUCAGAAACGAGCUGGCUCCGUUUCCGACAAGCUCGCCAUGUUCGAGAAGAAGAACCUCUCCGUCACAUCCGCUUCCUCCAAGCGCCUCCAACUCCCAGCGCGCAACACGAGCAGCCAGUAUUCCGCGUCGGUGCGCGAGUCCAUCUUCUCAGCGGACGGUAGUGCGUAUGCCCCGUCGCCUCGCACGUCGAUGGACACUGCGCGGACGUCCUCUGUUAUGAGCUAUUACGAUGAUUCGUUCCGAGAGAAACUCGAGUCAAUUGUUGGGCAAGAGCCUGAGGCGAGUAAGCAAGCUGAGGAGUGA